UAAUAUUAGUCGGCUAUUCUCCCAUGAUGUGCGAUUUUAGAUUUCUUCAUCGGCAAAAAUUCUCAGUCGUAGAUCUUCGCCCACUGAAAGGAAAUCUGCAAGGAAUGUCAAAAAUCCGCUGAUUGUUUGCGGAUUCUUCGCGUCAAUCCCGAAAUCUACACCGUCAAACCGUGAAGAUUAGCUUAUUCUUCAGCAUUAAUGCGAGAUUCAGGUACGAUCAUGAACAUCAAUGCCCAAUCGAUGCACGCCAGGGUAGAACACGUCAAGCUACAUAUGAUAUCAUUGCUGAUUUAGUCAAAUAUAAGUACAGUGAUGCUACCAACAAACCAUACCCGCCUAAGGCCAUUAUAACGGACAUGUGUAGGGAUCACGGCAUUUCCAUGUCAUACAAGAAAGCAUGGUCUGCUAAGAAGAAAGCAAUGCAGCUUGCAUUCGGUAGUGAUGCAGAGUCGUACGCCAUGCUGCCAGCCAUGUGUUACAUCCUCGAUCGGGCAAAUCCAGUGCAAUACAUUUUAUCUGACCGUCAUGGUGGGAUCAUCAAGGCUGCUAAGGCACAUUUCCCUCGUGUUCCUCAUGGUCAUUGUGUUAAUCACAUUUUGGGGAAUAUUAAAUCACAAUUCAAUGGUUCUGAGAAAGCACUGAGAUGGAAAUUUUUUGCUGCUGCACGCGCACCCACAAAGUCCUACUGUGAUCGGUACCUGACCCUACUAGACGAUGAGGAUCCGAGGAUUAGACCAUAUUUAUAUUCCAUCGGCAUGGAGAAGUGGGCCAGAUCAUGUUUCAAUGUGAACCGCUAUUCCAUAAUGACGUCGAACAAUGCGGAGUCAAUGAAUAGUGUUAACGCGACCCCCCGGGAAUACCCCAUCGCUCAGCUUGUUGAUUUCAUUGUUGGACGAAUGCAAAAAUGGUUUCACGAUCGUAGGGAACUUGCUCAUUCAACAUCUACUAUUUUGACCAAACAAUGUGAAUCUGAUCUCCUUGCUCUACAUGUGGCAUCUGCGGUUAUGACGGUUCGGCCGUCAUGCUCAUAUGAGUACUUGGUUGUUGGUAAAAAAGGAAGGUCUUAUGUUGUCAAUUUCCGCCAGGCUUAUCAUGUUAUGACUACAUAUCCCCAUUCUACACAAUUGUGGAGUGGAAACUUGCGUAUAAUGGAGUCAUACACCCAAUUCCUACUAGAGACUCAUGGAUAGUCCCUGAUGAAGUCGCCACUAUCCCAUGUUUUCCGCCUUCAUGCACUAAACGUCCACCAGGAAGGCCAAAAAAGAGACGGAUUCCAU